AUGUCCAUCGUUCAAAUCUUAUGGAAUUUUUGUAAUCUAAUUUUCUCACCAUUUCAAAAUGCAGCGCAACUAGGCAUCAAGGACAAUCAAAGUUCGGGGAAACCUACCGCUGGUCGCUAUGUUCCUCCCCAUUUGAGAGCAGCGGUAAAUUGGGAUAGUCGUCAUACAUCAUUUCCUCGUCCAGAUGCAUGGGGAGGGGGUAGUCGUAGUGAAAUGGGAUAUUCCACAUCUCAACGUGGCGGAUGGAGCGAUCGCGCAUCAUCUCAAGGUGAUCGCUGGAAUGCGGGCUAUCGUGGUAACAACCGAUAUAAUAAUUCGGGUUCCGGUUAUGGUGGUCGCGGCGGUCCUGUUCCUGAUGAAGUUUUAACUCGUCGAGGUGAAGAUGGUUAUGGUUCUUGGCAUGAUGGUGCUCAUAUUGUUUCUCAAAGAAAUCAGCGUAUGGAACGUGAUUUAUUUGGCUCUCCUGAUGAUCCUGAUCGUCAACAUACUGGUAUCAAUUUCGAAAAAUAUGAUGAUAUUCCUGUUGAAGCUAGCGGAAAUAAUGUUCCAGAAGGUGUCUCAAAUUUCACCAGCCCUCCUUUGGAUCAACAUCUCAUUUCUAAUAUUGAAUUAGCUCGUUACAGUGUUCCCACUCCGGUUCAAAAAUAUUCAAUACCAAUUGUCACAGCUGGUCGUGAUCUUAUGGCUUGCGCGCAGACUGGUUCUGGUAAAACUGGAGGUUUUUUAUUCCCAAUUUUGUCAGAACUCUUUAAACAUGGUCCUUCACCUCCUCCACCCGAACAACCUGGUUAUUCGCGUGGUAUGUACCGUAGUCGUAAAGCUUAUCCAGUUGCAUUGGUCCUUGCACCAACACGUGAAUUAGCUAUGCAAAUUUAUGAUGAAGCUCGAAAAUUUGCCUAUCGUUCUUGGGUAAGACCAUGUGUUGUUUAUGGUGGUGCUGAUAUUUCUUCCCAAUUGAGACAAAUUGACCGCGGAUGUGAUCUUUUGACCGCCACUCCUGGACGACUUGUUGAUUUAAUUGAACGUGGCCGAGUAAGUUUAUCCCAAACACGAUAUUUAGUUCUUGAUGAAGCUGACCGUAUGUUGGAUAUGGGAUUUGAACCUCAGAUUCGUCGUAUAGUGGAAAAUGAAGAUAUGCCUGGUGUUAAUGAUCGACAAACACUUAUGUUUAGCGCCACUUUUCCUCGAGAUAUUCAAGUUCUUGCUCGCGAUUUUUUGAAGGACUAUGUUUUCUUGAGUGUUGGCCGUGUUGGCAGUACAAGCGAAAAUAUCACUCAAAAAAUUGAAUAUGUUGAAGAUGAUGAUAAACGAUCAGUGUUAUUAGAUAUUCUACAUGCUCAGCCAGAUUCUGAUCGUGGACUUACAUUGAUUUUUGUUGAAACAAAGCGUAUGGCUGAUAUGUUAUCAGAAUUUCUUAUUCAAUCAGGAUUUCCUGCUACAUCAAUUCAUGGCGAUCGAUCACAGCGUGAGCGUGAACGCGCUUUAGAAUCUUUUCGUACAGGUCGUACACCUAUCAUGGUGGCGACUGCUGUAGCCGCUCGUGGAUUGGACAUUGUUAACGUCACUCAUGUCAUUAAUUAUGAUUUACCCACAGAUAUCGAUGAUUAUGUACAUCGAAUUGGUCGUACUGGACGCGCUGGUAACGUUGGAAUAUCAACGGCAUUCUUCAACCGUGGUAAUAAAGGGAUUGUUAGAGAAUUGAUUGAUUUGUUAAAGGAAGCCAACCAGGAAAUUCCUGGUUGGUUGGAAAAUAUCGCAAGGGAAACUUCUUCAAAUUAUGGUUCUCGUAAUAGUAGUAAUCGUGGUAGAGGUCGUGGUCAAAAUCGUGAUUAUCGUAAAUUUGGCAGUAACAGUGAGAGAGGAAGCUAUGGAAGUGGUGGUACUGAGUAA